AUGCACAUUAACAUUUCUGCGAAUGCAUCGACUGGCAUAGACUACGUUCACGUAGUUCUGACAGCAACCAAUUGCACGUUGUUAUUUUUCACGCUCUUUAUUGGAAUCGCCGCAAACCUGUUCGUGGCCUGGGCCGUGCGUAACCAAAAAUCUCUGCAAACGUCCAACAACGCGUUGUUGGUAAAUUUGGCCGUGAUAGACUUUUUACGUUGCGUAAUCGAUUGCCCGUUUGUUUUGGAGGUUUUUCUUAACGGGGAUCGGAUUGGCAAAAUUGGAUCAUUGCUGUGCGACGUACAGUUUGUCUCCUUCUCCAUCACCUGUUGCGUCCAGCUGCUUACCUUGGCGAGCAUCAGCGCCGAGCGUUACCAAGCCAUAGCGCACCCCUUCAAAACAGCCGAGCGGCGUAAAAGAGUCACCGUAUGGAUCCCUCUGACUUGGACAGUGGCAGUUGCUGUGUCAGUUAUGUGUUUAAGGUUUGCAAUUGCUAAGGACUCGCUGGUGUAUGCGAGGUGCAAGGGAUUGGACGUAGAGGAACUUCCAAGUUAUGACGCAUUUGGAGUUUACGUUCUAGUCCCACUUUGGACUGCCUGUCUGGCGGUGAUCAUUGGAUUUUACACUCGAAUCUUUUUACUGGUCAAGGCCCACAACAGGAAAAUAUUUGACAAAGGAACAGUGUUCAACCCCAAUGACAAGAGUCACCAAGCUAAAGCCGUCAAAAAGGACAGUACGACAAUAAAGGAAAUCAUUACAGUGCCAGAGGUCGCGCAACAGGAGCGCGCUGCUGCGGUAGAUGACAAAGUGUCUGGAAAUAAUGAUAUCCCAGAAAGUGUGUGUGCAGCUGACCAGGAAUUAACUGAGAACAAACAGCAUGCGGAUGCUUCCAGAGCUGUAGACGACAAUAUUAUUUCUGGACAGUCCAAAAAGGCCAACGCAGUUGUGGUGAUCGACCUUGAGAAGCAAGACAGCGGUGAACUCCAACCGGCGCCUGUAAGUGACGAACCAGCAACUUUAAAACCAGACUCAGAGCUACAACCAGAAAAUAAAUCCACUGUCCCAGCUUCUUUAAAAGCAGAAUCAGAGAUACCAUCAGAAGGCAAAUCCACAAUAACUAUCCCAGCUGAACCCGCCAAUCAAGACGAUGUUGCAGGCGCUGUCUGCAUGAUGCCUCCGCGCGACAACCUGCCAGACAGGGCAAAGAAAAGCAAGGAGGGCAAAUUGGCGAAGCGCUCUGGGUAUAUCAUCCUCACCUUCCUCAUCUUGUGGACACCAUUCAUUUUGGCAGUGCUGGUGAAUUUCCUAAUGCGCCGGGCCAUCAACACACAUAUGUCGAUAGCAUUGGAUUUGGAAAUACUGACCAUCUCUUUGGUCUGUUUGACCUCUGUCACCAAUCCCAUCACCUACGCUGCUGUGAACCCUCAGUUUCGCACAGAAUUUUAUAUUCUGAGAUCGAAGUUUACAUCUAUUUGUAUGACAAAAUGAGGAAGUACAUUCACUGAAUUAUACUAUAUCAAUUAUACUAUGGUUUGGCUCCUAGACUGGGUGACUGUGAUCCCUGUUUCGCACAAAAUUGUAUAGUCUGAGAUUGAAGUUUAAAUUUAUUUGUAUGACAAAAUGAGAAAGUGCCUUCACUGAAUUAUAAUAUAUACAUUUUACGGUUUGGCUCUUAGACUAUGGCUGUAAUGGUUUAUGGCCAACUAAGGAUGAUGUCGUUUUGGUGAAUGGCGAGAAUGCAGUAGGGAACAAAGCAUCUUGUCAUGAAAGGCUGAAUGCAUUAUGGCACACCAUUCCCACGACAACCAUAGGCCUAUCCUUGAGCCGAUCAUAUGCUGUACAAUUGUACAUUGUCCUCAGUCACCAUUCGAUCCCCAGAUUUAUAUAAUGCAUCUGAAUCAGGUAUGGAAAGGUCAGCCUUACGGGUUUUAAAGGGACACUGUGCCGUAAAUGGUCAAAAAAGGUACUGCAACUAUGCUGCUCAUUGAAAUUGGGCUGCCUAUUGGCAAAUUUGAUCUUUACAUGAAAGUUUACUAAAUAAUAAACAAAUAUUUUCUAGUAUGGACCAAGUACAGUUCAGCUACAGCUAUUUUUGGAAAUUCAAAAUGGCGGACCAUGGAGAAGAUCCCCCUUUUCAUGUAUGAAAAGUGUAAUUUUUCCAGUCAUAAUGAAUACUAGAAUUUUAUGGUGGUGGUAAGUAUUCAUGAAAAAGGUAACAUUAGUGAAUGGGCAGCAUGAAUUCUGGAAAUAAGCAACUAAAAAUCUCACACAUUGUACCUUUAAAUUACACAUUCUCAGAUAAUAUUUUUAUGUCUAUGGGUUUGUAUGACUACCAAAGGGUUGCAGGUUCGAUCCCCUCUCUGCCUGACCCCAUCGAUGUGUCCUCGAGCAAGACACUUAACCCCAAUUGCUCCUGAAAGGGAAUGGGUGAAUGUGAGGCAUCCAAUGUAAAGCGCUUCAAGUGCUCGAAGGAGUGAAAGGCGCUACAGUAUAUGUAUAUAAAUGCAGUCUAUUUACCAUGGGUUUGUCCUGGAUGGUGCACCUUGCCAAUGCCUGUGGUGCACACAGAAAUGUACUUCACCAUCUCUUCACCAAACACCAAGACAUGCCUUCCUGACUGGGCGAGAGGGAGAGGAAGGCAAUUUAAGAUUGAGACAUUUCUUUAGUGUAAUGUAUUCUAAUUCUGUUUGUAUGUAAGUUUAAAAUUUGCUUCUUGUGUCUUCUUUGCACCCAACAUGUC